UGGAUUCUUCUUUUCUCAAUUCAUUCUCUCGAUCUCGAGAUUGGGAUCUCCGGUUGGUUUAAUUAUGGCGUUUCUUUAACAAAUUUCCGGUUUCGGAGCUUUCGAACGAUCUUCUCCUCCGAGGGCUAGUUGAUUGAGACGGCAUUUCCAAUCUCCAAUUUUCCAAUAACAGUGAUCAUCUCCUCGUGUCUUCAUGGGAUAAGCGUGUGAGGUUGUAUGAUGUGAGCACCAAUUCGUUGCGAGGCGAGUUCUUACACGGCGGAGCAGUACUGGAUUGCUGUUUUCAUGAUGAUUUCUCCGGCUUUAGUGUUGGCGCCGAUUACAAAGUCAGAAGGAUUGUUUUCAAUGUUGGCAAAGAGGACAUUUUGGGAACGCAUGACAGACCAGUGCGCUGUGUUGAGUAUUCUUAUGCUGCAGGUUCUGGUUUUGGUUCUUAAAAUGCAGGUUCUGGUUUUAAAGUUUCAUGUUUUGGUUGUAGAUGAGCUCAUAACCAACUUCAACACUGGCAGAACAAAGAGCUACAAAUGGAGAAUUUCUCAGCUUCAAAACAUUUCCAAGAUGCUUGGCGAUAAGGAGAAAUGCAUCACAUAAGCUUUGUAUCAAGAUCUUUCCAAACCUGAGUUUGAAGCUUUUAUAGCUGAGCUUUUUUCAUUUCCUUUCAAUGUCUCUUUCCUUAUCUACAUUCUAGUUUUCCAUUGUUGAAUCACUUUCAAGAGUGUGU